AUGCCCAAUUUUAGUAGCUGCAAAUCUUCUGUCCCAAGCGUAAAGACAGCAAAUAAGACAAGCCCUCCUCCAAAUAUUCAACUAGAGGGCUAUUUGAUGAAACAGAAACAUGGAAAAUCCAAAUCCUGGUUAAAACGAUAUUUUGUUUUAUAUGGUCAAGAAUUACGAUAUUAUAAAUCAAGGAGUGAUACCAAUAAUGCCUUGGCUGUCAUUUCCCUAAAUCACUACAGUCUUAUACCUGAUACUCAACCACACGAAAGCCAUAAACCAUCAAAGCACGAUACAUUCUGCCUUGUUUCUGAUGAUGAGACGAAAUACGAUUGGCCUGAUUAUUACUUACAGGCAGCUAACCCUGAAGAGAGAUCAGUAUGGGAAGACGCACUGCAACACUAUGUUACUCAAUUGACAAGUGUAUUAGACAAAUGGCUUGAUAGACUCGAUAUUCCACACGACGAUUUUGAUGAUACCCUCUACAGCGCAAGAAAACUGGACAGUGUUUCUAUUCACUCUUCUCAAUCGAAUAUACUGUUGUCUACACCGUCACAGUCACUCAGGAACCAUAAAUCAACAGAGUCUCUCAGCACCACAUUUACAUCGUUCAGUAGCUACAAUCGACGACGUCCCUCAGACUUUACUUGCUCAAAAAGCUCAGAUUUGUCAAGCAAGAUCUUGGGCUCAAAAGCAUUUAGCUGGACUCGUCCUAAAUCGUCUGCAUCUUCUGUUGUUUCCUCCAUCACCGACUCUGAAGAAAACGACAGCAAUGAAUAUUUACCCCAACAUACCGCCUCCAUGAUACCAAACAAAGCACUUGAGAUGCCAAUUAUUCAUCCUAGCGAAUACAACAAAAUCUACACAAAAGAGAUGCUAUGA